GUUCAUCUUAUACACACGCAUUCAAUCGAAACUCCGAUUUCAUCUAUGGUUUAUUCUUUGAUGGCAGAGUCAUUUCUCGUAACAAUUCAGCAAGAUCUUCUCAUUCUUCUUUAAUGUAGCGCACAAAUUAGUAUGGUAUUGAAUGCCGGAAGACAAGGAGUCGAUUUAUGUAUGAAUUGCAAUACGACCUCAGAACUGGAUUCAAUUUGAGGUAGAAGAAGGGCCUUAGUUUAAUUGAAUGCUAUGUUGAGAGAUAUUGAUCCGUUGCUGAAAGAUCUAAGCGAGAAGAAGCAGAAUUUCCGAAAGAAUGUGGUGUCGCUUGCGGAGGAGCUUAAAGAUGUUCGCAUUCGUCUUGCUUCAAGUGAGCAAUCGUUUGCUCGCGAAAUCGUAUUGAAACAGGAGGCAGAGAUUAAAGCCAAACAGAUGGAAGAGAAGAAGACUGAAUUGCUCAACUGCUUAGAGGCGAAAAAUGGGCAGCUUAAAGCAUCAGAUUGUAUGUCUGAAAAGCUUGUGAAGGAGUUGGAUGAUCUAAGAUCACAGCUUUCAGCAACCACAAUAUCUGCAGAUGCAAGUGCUGCUUUAGCGCAUUCUGCACAGCUUCAAUGCUCCACGUUGCUUAUAGAUUGGGAUCAGAAGAAUAAUUCAAUAAGAGAGCAGGAGAUUCAUGUAAACAGGAUAAGUGAGCAAUUAGAUCUUCUGCAGAAAGAUCUCUGUUUAAGGGAAUCUAUGCAAAUCAAACUUAAGGACAAUGUGUUAGAUGAGGUUUCUCCAAAUAGUUAUGAGAAGAUUAAUAAGCUUCUUAUCUUCAAAGAAGAAGAGAUGACCAAAUUGAGAGAUGAAAUAAGGAUCAUGUCUGCCCAUUGGAAACUGAAAAUCAAAGACCUCGAGUCUCAGUUGGAAAAGCAUAGGAGAACUGAUCGAGAAUUGAAAAAGAAGGUAUUGAAGUUGGAAUUCUGUCUUCAGGAAGCGCGUUCUCAGACACGAAAGCUCCAAAGGAUGGGAGAACGGAGGGACACAUUGAUUAAAGAACUUCAGAACCAAUUCACAAAUAAGCAAAAUUUUGGAAACGAGAAGAACAAUAAUAAUAUAUGGGAAACCUCUGGUUUCAAGAUUGUGGUUUCGAUGUCGAUGUUGGUCUUGGUGUUGUUUUCAAAGAGGUAAAACUGUACUACUUCUAAUGGGCUAAUGCAUUAGGUUAGGGGAAC